UCAGACACGAGUGGGGUGAGAGUGUACGACAUCGAGUUCUUGUGGGCGGUGCAGCUGAGACAUGAGAUCCUGCCGAAACCUUUCGAUAAACUGUGCGGCGGUCUCGUCGUUUUCGGAGCCCAUACGACGUCUGGCCUCGUGUGGUCUUUCGUUUUGGCAGGACGGCCGUCGCGUUUGAGUUCCUCGCAAUGCUCUGUCCAAGCGAUACAGCGACUGUGAACGACCACGCAUUGAAGAUUCGCUGGAGUGGGAGCGUUUCUGAUCAGAUGA